CUACUCCUUCCUUCCCUUCCCUCUCAUCUCUUCUUUUCUCUUCUCUUCUCUUCUUUCUUAUCAUUUUGUCUCUAUUCCUUCUCUCUUUCUCCUGCAACAACAACCAUCUAAGGUUCGUUUUCCGAUUUCCAAUUUCGCUCUUCUCUUCUCUCUCACUUUCUCUCUUUCACUUUUUCCAAACCCUUUCAUCAUUUCUUCUUCUUCCUCAUAACGCUGCUGCUUCACUUCUCCCACUUUAGGUUUCGAACGAAUUGAUACUACUCUCUCUGUCUCCCUUUUUCCAUUGCGUUUGUUUCCGUUUCCUUCUUCUCCCAUUGCGUGUGCUUUGUCAAUUUGAGUUGUGCAAAGCUUCAAUUAGGGUUCCUGCUGUUGCUGCUCUCGCUGAUUGUCAAUUCGGAUUCGUGCUCCGUGGCUUCCGAUUGCUUGCGGAUUUGUGAUUGGAGUUUUUGGGAUUUCGGGAUGCGUUUCUGCGGUCUGUUGAUUGUGUUGGUUUGUUGAGUGUGGCGUUAACGUAAUUUGGUUUUGAGUGAAGAUGAUUUUGUGAUGUGGUUGAGUGAGUGGUUUUUGUAGUGGAAGGUUUGUUACUUUUGUUGUUGUUGUUGUUGUUGUGUUGGUUUAUUUUGUUGAAGAGUUCGGAACAUAGUCGGCGGACGAGAAAAAUUGGAAUUUUUGGAUGGGUAAUAAACUUGGGAGGAGGAGACAAGUGGUAGAUGAGAAAUAUACGAGGCCGCAAGGGUUGUAUAAUCAUAAAGAUGUGGAUCACAAGAAGCUGAGGAAGCUAAUACUAGAAUCGAAGUUAGCACCUUGCUAUCCCGGAGAUGAAGAAACCGCAUACGAUCGUGAAGAGUGCCCGAUUUGCUUUCUGUAUUAUCCAAGUCUAAACCGAUCAAGAUGUUGCACAAAGAGCAUUUGUACAGAGUGCUUUUUGCAGAUGAAAGUUCCAAAUUCAACCCGGCCUACACAAUGUCCCUUCUGCAAAACGGCAAAUUAUGCUGUGGAGUAUCGCGGUGUGAAAUCUAAAGAAGAGAAGGGAUUGGAACAGAUUGAAGAGCAACGUGUUAUAGAGGCAAAAAUUAGGAUGCGGCAGCAGGAACUUCAGGAUGAAGAGGAAAGAAUGCACAAAAGACUGGAAAUGAGCUCCUCGAAUGUGAAUGUGGCAGUUGCAGAUGUUGAAUACAGUUCAAAUGCAGUGUCUUCAUCUUCAGUUUCUGUUGUUGAAAAUGAUGAAAUUGUUUCUUCUCAAGACUCAUGUGCCACAUCAGUGGUUAGAGCAAAUGCAACCACUAGGACCAAUAGAGAUGAUGAAUUUGACGUUGACCUUGAGGACAUCAUGGUCAUGGAAGCAAUUUGGCUUUCCAUUCAGGAGAAUGGCAGGCGGAGAAAUUUAUCUUUUGUCGAUGCUACUUCUGGACACUAUGUAGCUGACGGCCGCUAUGUUUCAUCCGUCUCAUCUGUCUCAUCCGUCAUGGGUCCACCAACGGGAUCAUCCUCGUCUCCAUCUGGGGGUCUCGCUUGUGCCAUUGCAGCUCUUGCUGAGCGCCAGCAAAUGGCUGGAGAAUCAUCUAUGAGCCUCACCAAUGAAAAUAUGCCAUCAUUCAACACCCUACCGGGUUCCAGAAGAUUUUAUAACAGACUUGGUAGGGAUAUGGCUAAUUAUCCGCCUGGUGACAACCUCAAUGAGGAGCCACUGGAUGAAGCUGUGACAAUGACUAGGAGUCAUGGUGAAUGGGACAUGGACCAUGGGACACAGUUGACUGAAACAGCAACCAGCUAUACAAACUCUGUCGCAGCAGAAGAUCGUGGUGAACUAUCAUCUUUGCCACGGUCUGAUGACAAUGAUGGAAGCCUUCAAAGUGCCACAGAACCCAUUGUUCCCGAGAGUUUUGAGGAGCAGAUGAUGCUCGCCAUGGCUGUCUCUUUGGCUGAAGCUCGAGCCAUGUCAAGUGGACAGAGUGCUUCUUGGCAGUAGUUUUUGGUUGAGGUGCUGGUUUAAUCUUUCUUAAAUUGGUGAUGCUUGCCUUGGCUAUUUGACAAGCCAAGUCCAAGGUUGAGAAUUUGAGGGAAGUUCACUCGUAUGCAAUUUGUUCAAGGAUCAGGUAGUGAUCUCUUCUCACAAAUUUAUAUAUAUAAGUAUCAAAAGAAAACUAAUGAUUCUAGUUGGUGAAAGGUUGCUGCUUAAUGCCAUUUUUUUUACUUGUGCUCGAUGUCCUCUCCUGCCCCCUCAUUGGUUUUCUGUAAAUAGUUUGUCUUUGAUAGAUGUACUCUCAUUCUUACAGUAAUAUAUGGCACAUUUUAGACACGUACUGAAGAAGAAAGGGAAUUAAAAUUCUGUCAUGAAAUUUUUUUAUGUGGUUCUAUUCAUUGA